UGCCCGCAGCUCUGCCCCUGCCCGCUUAUAUGGGCAGCCGCGGAGGUGGGGCCGGGCUCUCCUCGCCCCUCCGACAGCAGCAGCAGCAGCAUCCCGACAGCGAGCGCUCGGGGGCAGCGAGUAACGGGAGCGGCUUCGGCGAGAUGGGCAGGAAGCUGGACCUCUCCAAGCUCACCGAUGAAGAAGCCAAGCAUGUUUGGGAAGUCGUUCAGCGGGACUUUGAUCUGCGGAAAAAAGAGGAGGAACGGCUGGAGGAGCUGAAAUGCAAGAUCGACCAGGAGAGCAGCAAGAGGGAGUUCCUGACCAGUCAGUCCCACCUGAAUGAAACUCACUGUGUGCACUGCCUGCAGCCCUUCAAGUUCCUGCUGAACAGCAAGAGGCAGUGCCUGGACUGCCGCUUCUACACCUGCAAGAACUGCAGCCGCUACCACAAGAAGGAGCAGGGCUGGGUCUGCGAUCCCUGCCGCCUCUCCAGGAUCGUGAAGAUCGGCUCCCUGGAGUGGUACUACGAACACGUGCGCUCCCGCUUCAAGAGGUUUGGAAGUGCCAAAGUGCUGCAGUCCCUCUAUGGCAGGCUGCAGCCAGGCCAGGGGCUCAACUCUGCCUUUCUGGGUCUUCAUGACAGAGUUUAUAGCCUGCCAGACAUUAACAGAGAGUGCCAGCUGCUCAGCAGCUGUGACCCCGCUGGGGAUGACAGCGAUGAGGAAGACAACGUCCUUCGUGGGGCUGAAGCAGAGCGCUACAGCAGGAUGUGCAAGACAAAGCGGCUGCUGUCUGUGCACCCCUUUGAUUUCGAACUGGACUCGGAUUACUCUGCCCAGUCUCGCCGCCAGUCUGCACAGCUCUCUCCAGCAGCCAGCAGCCCGGAUGCUUUCCAGUCCUUCCCAGAUUUCCCCACCUCAGCUGAAGAUGUCUCCCAGGAGUCCAGGAUCGGGGAUGCAGACCUGGUGUUCCACCACGUGCUGCAGGAGCCAGGGGCCAGCGCUCCGGAGCAGCACUUCAGCACCGAGGUUCGGCUCACCGUCAACGCGCGCAGGAGGAGGAGCCUGGAGAGAAACACAAAGCCUGGCCUGCCCUGGAACGAGCCGCCCCGGGCGCGGUACUCGGCCGACAUGGACACGUCCGACGAGGAGCUGAGGGGAGCCCAGCUGCCAGCCCAGCCCAGCAAGCGCAGGAACAGAGCCUCCUCCCAGGAGAACAUCAGCCACUCCUCCAACCAGAUCCAUGAGCUCAACACUCGCAUGUCCGCAAUCGAGCGCGUGCUGAACCGCUUGGAGGAAAAAAUCCUGGCGCACCCUGACGAGUCUCUGGCCCCAGAGUCCCACACCGACCCUGAUGCUGAGGAGGAGGAGUUGAAGAGGAAGCUGGAGGAGUUAGCCAGCAACAUCAGCGACAAAGAAGUCUCCUCUGACGAGGAGGAGCGUGAGGAGGAGAAGAGGGCAAAGAAACCAGAGAUGAGUUCCUCCACCGAGGCCAUGACCAGGGAUGUUAGAAAGAGGUCGUCGGCUCAGGCUUUGAGUGAGAUCACGGCCAAAGUGCUGAGAGCCAUUAACGCCACGGAGGAGGCGGUGUGGGAGUCGGUGCAUGGACACAGCCAGGGCUGGGCCCUCCCUGCAGGGCACCUGCCAGCUGGGAGAGAGGUGGACGAAGUGUACCAGGAGCUGGAGGAAAAUGUGUACCUGGCUGCUGGAAAGACCUACCAGCUUGAGAAGACCCUGAAGGAGCUUGAGGAGGGGGCUCAGCACAGCGGCACCACUGACUCGGAGCUGUCGGAGCUGGAGGACAAAGUGGCCUCAGCAGCUGCCCAGGUGCAGCAGGCAGAGAGUGAGAUAUCGGACAUCGAAUCCCGAAUCGCGGCCCUGUCCGCUGCAGGGCUGACAGUGAAGUCUGUGGAAAAGGCAAAGAAGGCAAAGUCGAGUGUGCUGGCUGCCUGUCUCCAUUCUCCUGCUCCUGCCAGCAGCAGCCCUGGGGAGUCUCUGGAUGACAUUAAAGCAAUGCCCGGGCUGCAGAGGUUCAGGAGGAAGUUCAACAGCCCCCUGGAAAUCACCAGUUUUGACGACUCCUUUGACCGUAACUCCGCGUACCGCGGCUCGCUGACGCAGCGGAACCCCAACGGCAAGAACAGGAGGGUGGAGCGGCUCUUCGCGAAGCCUGUGAUGACCCACCUGUCCUGAGGAGAGGGGACCUCCCUGCUGCCGCGUUUCAGUGAGGAUACGAGACCUCAGCAAAGCCAAGCCUCUCACAGCCUUCCCUGCAACUCUUCCUUCUCCUGAGUCCUGAGCCCUCUCUCCCUGAAACCCUGGACAGAAAGGAAGCCAGAGGCCAUGGGAGGAGGAGCAGAGCACUGGGGUGCAGACACGUGGCCGGGGGUUCUUGUGGGAGGAUGCUGGAAUGGGACCUUGGGCUGGGGCAGCUCUUUGGUGCUGGGGCAGCCAAGGGGACCAGAGAGGUGCAGAGCAGGAGUAGUGACCUCCUUGGGGGGCAGCUGGGUGUUAGUGUGACAUUCAGGACAGGG